GAAGGGAUGGAAAUGAUGAGGUAGGUUGGGAUGUCUUGAAGGAGAGCAUGAGUUAGGUACUGUUUUCUAAACAGGGCACUAGACUGCUUCUUAACUGGCAAACUCAUUACUAAGGAACAAGUGUGAGAAGAGAAGAGAAGAGAAGAGAAGAAAGGAAAAAAGAAGACACCAAGGAUGGAAAGAGUAGGCAAUGGUAUCCUAUCAAUGUGAGGAUGUGGAGAAGGAGAGAGGGCUUUGAAUCACUUACAAUUACACCUAUGGCUCCCCCUGUGUGCUGAGGUUUUAAAUCUUACUAGAUAGAUGAGACAUCCUAGCAGUAAGCUAUUCAGAGACAACAGAAGAGCAGGAAGGGGUUAUCUUAUACAACAUAUGAGGCACAUUUUGAUGCUGUCCUCUAAACCAAACAAUUGCCAGCUACACUUCCUGCUGGCUUCCCUCAGAAGACAAACAACUUGAGCUUUCACAGCCACUGGAUUUCCUAGGCAACAGAAGUGUAAACUUGAGAAAAGGCAGAGCCAGGGUAGGGAUUGACAGUGAGCUUAGCCACUUAGGCUGUGAAUCUGCUUCAGUGAUUUCCAAGCUGUGCAAUCAGCCUGAAGAGAGUGGCCAGCAAGUCUGAGGAGGGGAGGGAGCUGGGAGGGAGGUGGAUGGAGGAGCUGAGCCCUCCCAGGGGAGCCAGAGAGAGCGUCCCUAGUUUCAGAUCCCAGCAACCGGUGGCAGCAGGUUAGCAUUUAAGAUGGCGGGCACGGCACGUCAUGACCGAGAGAUGGCGAUCCAGUCCAAGAGGAAGCUCACCACGGCCACCGAUCCCAUCGAAAGACUCCGACUGCAGUGCCUGGCCAGGGGCUCCGCAGGCAUCAAAGGUCUUGGCAGAGUGUUUCGAAUUAUGGAUGACAAUAACAACCGGACCCUUGAUUUCAAAGAAUUUUUGAAAGGAUUAAAUGAUUAUGCUGUGGUCAUGGAAAAGGAAGAGGCAGAAGAGCUCUUCCGGAGGUUUGAUAAAGAUGGAAAUGGAACAAUAGACUUCAAUGAAUUUCUUCUCACAUUAAGACCUCCAAUGUCUAGAGCCAGGAAAGAGGUAAUUAUGCAAGCUUUUAGGAAGUUAGACAAGACCGGAGAUGGAGUUAUAACAAUUGAAGAUCUUCGUGAAGUGUAUAAUGCGAAACACCAUCCUAAGUACCAAAAUGGAGAAUGGACCGAAGAACAAGUAUUCAGGAAGUUUCUGGAUAACUUUGAUUCACCCUAUGACAAAGAUGGAUUGGUGACCCCCGAGGAGUUUAUGAACUACUAUGCAGGGGUGAGCGCAUCCAUUGACACUGAUGUGUAUUUCAUCAUCAUGAUGAGAACUGCCUGGAAGCUCUAAAUAUUCUUCUUCCUCUUCAUAAGUGGAAUUUAUUUAUGGUUUCUCUGGAGUGUUACACAAAUCCUAACAGCCAUUGAACACGGGUGGUGCAAUUUCUGUUUCACCAAAGUUCCUGUGAGCGCCGUGGGUUUCCUGUUCCCACUCUCACUCCCAACAUGGGGUCAAGUGGCAGAUAGCCAAGAUAUGCACAGGGUCAUACCCAUUACGCUGCCCAUGUAACUAUCAUUCAUCUCCAGUUUCAUUCUGCUCUAGGUCCCAUAAUAAAUUUAAGAUAGACCCUGUGACUCAGAGCUCAAGCACCUGAAAUUUGAAGCCAGACCUGAGUAUGUAGCUUAUAAUCCUGUCAUGAAAGACUUGAGUUACUUUUUCUUUUCUUUUUUUUUUUUUACCAACCUUAAAAUUUGGCGCUCAGACACUGGUAUUGAUUCUGGGAACAUCUCGGUCUUCAAUUUGAAAGGUUUGAGUUGUUUGUCUCCUAGAAACAGGCCACAUGCGGAACUGAUGACAAUCAGUGCUUGGAGAGAGCCUUAGAGCAGGAAAGGAACCCAUAAUUGAGAGAAAAUGACAGAUGGCAGAGUAGUUUGCUCUUGCCACGGUUAUAGGGAGCCCCAAAGCACUUCCACCUUGAGGGGAUAAAGUGCAACAGAAAUGCAGGGCAUUACCAAACAUCAGGCACUGACUUAAUGAGACCCAGAUCAUUCUUUUAGUUUCCAAGGGGGACUGGAAAUUAAAUUCUGUUCCACAGAUUGCAUACUUAGUCAUGCCUCAAAUCUCAUUUAGCAAUAUCAUUCAGCAUUCAUUUAUUUAAGAUUAUCUUUGAAGCUGCACAGUAAAUACCAUAAAUCACCAUUAAUUUAACUUUGCUAAUUGAGUUCAUUUAGAUAGAGUUUGAAGGAAAAUUUACUUUCGUUUCAUCUAUAGUAAAGAGAAUGAGCAGGUCAGUAUAUAAAGAUUAUAGGAGCUGUGCCUACCUACGUUCAUGUGUGUUUUAUAGGUACUUGGAGAGAUCUAUUUGCAUAUGAAUGCCAUUAGUAGGCUAGUCCUAAAAAGUUCCCACAUAUCUCAAAACAUCCUAGGCCAAUUGUUUGAUGGCAAAGCUUUAUUUAUGCAACUGUAUGUAACACAAACUAUUUUCUAGAUAUUGAGGCAUUCCUAUAUGUAAAUCCUAUCCUGAUUGUAUUUUAAAUAGAAAUUGAAGCUGAAAAAACAAUGUUUUAUAAGGCACAAUUUCCAUGACAUUUAUGCUAUAAAUUUUAAAAUAUUUUGUUUAAAAAGUUAUACAUGCUUAUAGUAGUAAGCUACAUAUGCAUUGAAAGUAAGAAUUUGUCAUAAAAGCAAUAGUUAGGAUAUUACUUCAAGGAACCAGAAAUUGAGAAGUUUUGAGUUACAAAAUUAGAUAUGGUUUAAAUAUAUAAUACCAACUUUGUCAUUGUUAUUUUAUCAUACCGUGCCUUGCCAUUAACAUGAUUCUGAUUUAAUAGAAUUUCUUCAAUUUAUGGCUGGAAAACAUUAACGACCCUUGUACUAAAAGAGUUCAUCUGGUUUUUAUUUCUGUUUUAAGGUCUUUCUAAAAUCUAUUUCUUCUUAAUUAGCUAACAUGCUACAUAUCAUGCUUCUCUAAAAGUUUACUUCCUAGAUGAUGCUUUUGGAUCAUUUAAAAAUGUUAUGUGUGUGAUAUUUCAGUUUCAGGUUAUGGAAUUUAUUCUUUGAAAAUGAUGAGGCCCUGUUCAAACUGUACUUGCUCACGUUUUUAAAAGAACAAAAUGUAAUCCACCCCCCCACCC